CCGUAGCGACCGCGGUGACUCUGACUUGACUCUGACGCACUGUCCAACAAACACUCCCAGUUCACCGCUAUCUUCAACCCUGCUCACAGCAUGAACACUAGCAUUGAAACGGCAACGGACGUUGUCCCAGCGCGACGCGCCUGGUUGCAAGCAAUGUCGCGGGGUCUAUUCAGCCACAUUACCUCGGUCCAAGAGCAGGAAGAAAUCAUCUUUUCGAUGCUCUCAUUACUGCCGAGGUCGAGUGUCGCAGCAUUGCAGAGCAGAAUGACCUCGUUGCUGCAGUUCGACGUACUGGGACUACUCCCUGAUGAGCUGGCUAUACAUGUUCUAUCCUUCCUACCUCCAGGGUCGCUGUUCACAUGCUCGCUAGUCUCCCGGAGUUUAUGCGGAGAGCACGAUUGGCGUUGGCGCAAGCCCACAGGUGUGUCCGCUCGUGAGAGCAGCCCCGAGUACGCCAUUCCCACCAGCGACGACGACGAGGGCAUGGGCGACGAGGAGGAGGACGCAGUCCAAAGCAUGCUUCUCGACGACUCCGGGUACACCUCCAUGGACGUGGAUGCCUCUUUCGCCACAGCCCCGGGCAGCCCUAGCACACCUACAACAAGGCCUACGGCUAGACCUUUUUCGCCCUCACCGCGUUUGAACCACACCAACGCUGUCUAUUGUCUGCAGCUGUACACAUACCCGGACACGGGCACCCAGGUGCUGUUCACGGGAUCGAAGGACAGGAGUGUGCGUGAGUGGAACCUGGCCACGGGCGAGGUGACACGCGUUAUCGAGGGGAUACAUGACAGCAGCAUCCUGAGCAUCUGCGUGCACAACGGGUUGCUCGCGAGCGGCGGCAGCGACCACAAGGUGGCAGUAUGGGACUUGACCAACAACCGACUUCUCAAGGUCAUACACGACCACAUGGACAGUGUACUCUGUGUGCGGUUCGACGACAAGAAGCUCGUCACUUGCUCGAAAGACAGGACAGUUCGCACAUACACGUUGCCUACGUUUGCGCCCAAGCACGUCCUCGCGCAGCACCGCGCCGCCGUGAACGCGGUGGCGAUCUCGCCGCUCCACAUCGUGUCCGCAUCCGGAGACCGCUCUGUGCGCCUAUGGGACGCCGAAACGGGUGCGCUGCUCAAGACGUUCGAGAACCACCACUGGCGAGGCAUCGCCGCCAUCGACUUCAAGUAUCCCUUUGUCCUCACCGGGUCGUCCGACAAGCACCUCCGCUUGCUCGACCUGCGGACGUCGAAAGGCUGGACGACCUCGCCCGGCAGCGAGAUUUGCCAGGUAUGUGGGAAUAACACGCGCCUCAUAGAGGUCCGUCCGCCCGCGCGAGAACACGAGGAGCUCGUCAGGAGUGUGGCGCUCAGCCACGAGCUUGGUGUGAGCGGGAGCUACGACUUCACGGUCAAGGUUUGGGACCGCGAGACGGGCGCUCUGAUGACGGACCUGGUCGUUUCAUGCGGCGAAGACCAGAAAAUCUGUAUUUGGGACUUCGCUCAUGGGAUGGAUACGUCAUUCGUAUCGCUGUAGGCACAAUUUGGACUUUGCAAUGCGUUUUUCUCAUCACUAUCUUAUUCAUCGAGGAAUGACACUCCUGUCGUGCAACAUGGACCCUUAUUCUGACAUGCUGCGGGCCCCUCCCAAACACACUUUGUCAUUGAGGCGAUUUCGUCAUACUGUGUUGGCCUCAGAAAUCCCCGGCUCAGAGCUGCCUGGACUCUGGCUCAACGUUCAGCUGUAGCAGGCUGUAGCUAUCAGUAUGAUGAUGUAUCACUGGCACUUGACUCUGAGCUAUCACAUACCGAAUUGAGCUGUUGUUGUUGAUUCCGAGGGCGAAGCCCUUACUUGAUUCUCGUCUCGCCCCGUCUCUGGUCGCUGAGCAUCGCCGUCCGCCGAAGCGUCAGGCUGGGAAUCGGGCAGUGUGGCG